AAAAACAAAAGUGAAAGUAAGAACUGUUAUCUUCAUAAUUUGUGUGUCUAUCCACCAAAUAGAAAUAUUUGAGAUACGAAAAGAUAAAAAAAGAACUUGUAGUAAAUACAGUCAGGUGUGGAAACCUUUGUUAAGCCAUGGAAAAUAUGGAUUGGUCUACAUCUCAGUACAAGUCAGAGUCAUUAGCCGCAGAAGCUUUAGCAGCCGAUAUGGAUAGAUGGAUAACUUACAGACAGAGACACCAGCCUUAUGAAAUAUUUGAACAAUGGUUAAAUAAAAACUUACCAUCAUGCCAUUACAGAUCAAAGGGAGUUGGUUGGAUAUGUGUCAGGGGAAACCAAGUUGAAAAAGUGGAAGGAUUGGGUGACCUCAGAGGAUUACAUCAAAUGUGGGAGGAAAUUCAGAAAUCUAACAGACCCAUCAAUGUGGAGACAAUUUCUGAUUUAGCCAGAAUAUUUAAAGUUACACAUGGGAAAUGGCUGUUCCAUGUUGAUUCUGGUGCAAAAGCUGACCAUUUAUGGAGUAUUGUUGCUAAGGCUAUUGUUAAGGGGGAAAUUCCUUGUGAAAGUGCCAAGGUUUCUCCAUAUGAUGACUGUGCUGAAAACAACGACAAGUUUGAACAUGUAGUUUGUGUAUAUAAUGAUAAUUAUUUGAAUGAGGAGGAAGUUAUGGACUGUGAACAUGGACUAAGAAAAAUUGGUAUAAAAUGUCCACUGAUGUAUAAGCCAGAUGUUUACACCUAUUUAGGAGUUUAUCGUAAUAAUCCAUGGGAUCUACGACCCACAGUGUAUCGUAGUGAAUAUGAUGUCAUAUCUGGAAAAUCCAAAAUUGACUUUUCUAGUGCACCAGGUCACAGAUAAAUGUAGAUCAAAUUAUUAGCUUUACUGAAGAAAAUACAAUAGUCCCUACAUCGUCUUUAAUAGAGGCCGUUUUUACUUAGAUCCUUAUGUACAUCAUUUAACAUUUGUCAUAGAUGUCCUCCAUAAACUUUUUCAAAGGGAUAUUCCAGUACUAAUUAUUUUCAUCAUCUGUCAAAAUCAUGAGGUCUCCUUACAGCAGUUGUCUUUAAGGAGGAUACUUUCCCAUUUUAGAGUGUUUGGAUAUUAACUUGAAAAUUAUAGUAGAUAUAUAAGAAGAAAACAUUUCACAGCAAUAUAAGAUCUAUAAAAAUAUUAAUGUCAA